GCUCAGGCCAUUGGCAAAGUCCAAAGGCAAGGAGAGGCGAUGAUACGGGUGUGCGGAGACUACCCGUUCCUGCGUGCAAUGGUGCGCUGUCUAGUAACCUUCCUGCUGCUUCACGGUGGCCUGGCGGUGAAGAUCGACCAGUACCGCAAAGUGGAAAGUCUCAUGGGCCCAGACUUCUUCAACCAUUGGAGCUUCUACACUGGACCCGAUCCAACCCACGGCAAUGUGGACUUUGUCGGAAAAGACGAAGCGUGGACCAAGAAGCUGCUUUCGGCCUCAGCGGAUAGGGUGCUGAUGAAGGCAGACAACACGACCUUGCUGUCCGGGACGGACGGCCGAGGAGCUGUCCGCAUCGAGUCCUUGAACCGCUAUAAUGGGGGUCUCUUCAUCCUGACUCUUGACCACGUGCCAACAGCUUGCGGUGCAUGGCCGGCAUUUUGGAUGUUCGGAGACGACGCCCAGCACGCCUGGCCGCGCUGGGGGGAGUUUGAUAUAUUAGAAUCCAUCCAUAUGCUGAACUACGCCACCACGACGCUGCACACGCGCGACAACUGUGACCAGCGAGCCGUGAAUGAGGGCAUUGACUUUGAAGGGCAAGGCUGGGCGGUUGGCACGCAGGAGAACAAGGCGAAGAACUGUUGGGUGAAAGCGCCGCAGGAGUACGACAAUCAAGGCUGCGGCCAGAAGUUGCCCAUGGGCUCCUUUGGCCCAGACUUCAACCGUCGAGGAGGCGGCACCUUUGUGGCUGAGUGGGAUCCAGUGGUGAACAAGCGGCUGCGCACGUGGUUCUUCCCUGCAGGGACGGAGCCGGAGUUUGGGGAGAACCCGGAUCCAGACCUGUGGGGCGUGCCCAACUCCUUCUUCACGCUGAACGAGCGCUGGUGCACAGCGGCGCACUUCAAGAACAUGCGGAUGGUUUUUGAUACCACCUUUUGUGGAGAUUAUGCCGGAGGAUCGUUCGCGGCAUACUGUGGUUGGACACAGAUGCAGUGCGAAGACUACGUGCGCACGAAGCCUGAAGCAUUCAGCCAAGCUUUCUGGAGCAUCAAGCGUUUGGAUGUCUAUCAGAGCGCCGCAGUCUCUUCGGCCGGCUUUAUGUCCAGUAUGUUUGGGUUGGGGAGCUCUUCGCCUACAUCACCGUUGGGCAUUUUUAUGUUCCUCUUGCUCUUGGGGCUGGCGGCCGGCUUGAUCUACAUGUCUUGCAGCCCCAAACGUUUGGAGGCGAUCCAAGCGGCGGCGGGCAUAUCGCCUUAUGCCACCCAGGCCGCGCGUGGUCCUUCACUUGGAACCAGCCCCAAGCGGCAGAGAGAAGUCUUUCUCAGAACAGAAGACCUCCCACCAACCAGGCUCGACUUUGAGCAGGCACCUCAAGGCUGGAGCUUUGCCCGGGUGAUGCGCAUGAUGUGCUGCACCAACGACCCGCCGCCAGACAACGUCCACUCACCCAAUCGCCCCGUCGGUUAUGACGAGGUGGCGCCUGUCAGCCCGGUGAACCAUUUGAACCAGCCUCGCGUGGCGAGCCGCCAGUCGUCGGCAAGCAUGCAGGCUGGAGUUGCUCGGCAGGCCUCUGGCACGCUGGUGCGUCAGGGCUCCGGCAAGCUGGUGCGUCAGCCCUCCGGUGCGCUGGUGCGGCAGGGCUCGGGGCUGAUGGUGGUCCCUGCGCCUUCGCCCUGAGACUUGGCAUGAACAUGUUGCAGGUUUUGGGUACUGAGCUGCGCUGAGCUGCUUGCGGUGUGCAAUUUGCCGUGAAAUGUGUUGCCUUUGAAACACACCGCAAGUGCAGCUGAGACAGCGUGAAUUAGUGGCCCAAGCGACAGCUGGGCAACUGUACCAUUGCUCAAGUGGAGGUGGUGGAAAAAGACUUUCUGCACCACUUCCAUCCGAACUGCUCCAAAGGGCUGGUAGUAGCCCCCUAGUGGCAGCAUUGGCAGCGAGCCGCACUUGUCGGCCGCGCUGCAAGUGCUCGGAGAGUUUUUCGGGAUGCGCCUCCUUGCCACCGUAAUUCUGCAGUCGAUUUUUCGAAUCGAAGAAUGCAGCCGCUUGCAGGAGCAGAGUGCGGGCCACAACC